AGGGGAGGAGUGCAGGAGGGAGGGUAGGUUAGAAGACGGAAGGACUGGAGAUCCCGCUAGCUAGGCGACACAACACCCACGCGCGCCACCCACUGGGAAGGAACACAGCACUGCAGGGGUGCCCAGGCGUGGCAUCUCUGUCCCCAUACUCAUUCUCCGAGCCCAGCCUGGUUCCUGGAGGUCCCGCAGGCCGCCUGCACUUGCCCUCAUGGAGAUUCCGCCAACGCACGCCCCAGCCUCUCGGGCUGCCUCUGUGGCAGAGAACUGCAUCAACUACCAGCAGGGCUCCCCACAUCAGGUGUUCAUGGUGCGCUCGGUGGAGCAGGCCAGCCUGGAGGAUAUUCCAGGAGGAGGUCGUAAGUAUCGCCUUAAAUUUUCUGUGGAAGAAAUUAUCCAUAAACAAGUUACGGUGAACUGCACUGCUGAAGUAGUCUAUCCUCCAGUGGGACAAGAUACUGCACCAAAAGUCAAUUUCACAUUUGAAGGAGAAAUCGGAAAGAACCCAGAUAAAGAGGAUAGCACAUUUUAUCAAAGACUGAAGGCCAUGAAGGAACCGCUAGAAGCACAAAAUAUUCCAGACAGUUUCGGCAAUGUAGCUCCAGAAAUGAAGCCAAUUAGACAUUUAGCCUGGGUCGCUUGUGGCUACGUAAUAUGGCAGAAUUCUACUGAAAACACAUGGUAUAAGAUGGCAAAAAUUCAAACUGUCAAACAAGUGCAAAGAAAUGAUGACUUCAUUGAGUUAGACUACACCAUCCUACUUCAUGACAUUGUAUCUCAGGAGAUUAUUCCUUGGCAAAUGCAAGUUCUCUGGCAUCCACAAUAUGGUACUAAAGUAAAACAUAACUGCCGACUGCCAAAGGAAGCACAACUGGAAUAACUGAAGAGCCCAACAUUAGAACGAAGUGUAAACAUGCUUAUUAAUGAUGUAGAUGUCCAUCUUCAUUCAUAUCUACUGUGAGGGGCCAAACCUAUCCCAGUGUCAUCAUGUAUAAAUAUCUUACAGUAUUAAGCAUAGAAAUUCUGUAAUAAGAAACAUUACCAUGUUUUAAAAAAAUGGCCUUGUAUCAGUAAUAGUGAUAUGUGUAUCCCAUAAUAAAAAGCUUCAGUUCCA